UGCAGAUUGACCAAGGACUCAAAGAUUUUAAAUUACUUCUAAGAAUAAUUUAAAAAACAAGAUGCCAGAAAGAGAUCUGAUGGAAGUUCGAUAAAAUAAUAAUAAUUUCCUAACAAUGGCUGGGACAACAACUUUAUGCAGUGAUACCUCAGAAGCUGUAGAGCUGUUUAAAGCCCAGGGACUGUACUUAAAGCCCAUCUCUAAACUGACAGUAUGUGUACAGCUGCCAAAACUGAAAGAGAUGGGAAAAUCUAUAUCAAAUUGGGAAGUGAUGGAAAAAAUCAAACACAUGGCCAAACCCCAUACUUUCAUAUCACUAAAGAUUAUCAAGAGCACCAUGGAGUUCGUGAGGAUGGAAGGAGAAGCAGAUACAAAAUUACAAAUCAAAGCUAUAGUACAAUGUCUCGACUCCAAGACAAUUAAACUCAGUGGCUUCCCAGAGGUGCUCAAGGUCAAGGCUGCUGAGGCCAAGGUCAGUCACCCAUGUCAGCAUGACUGGGACUCAUUUUUCAGGGAUGCCAAAAACAUGAAUGAAAUGAAACCUGGAGAGAGACCUGACACAGUGCAUUUGAGAGACUUGCCUACAAAGUGGUUCACAAACAGACAGAAGGACAAACCUAGUGAACAAAUCGUGAAGAGAGUGUUUGAAAACUUUGGUGAGGUGCGCUGCAUGGAUAUUCCCAUGUUGGACCCCUAUAGGAAAGAGAUGACCACUCUGAAGUCUAGUGGACUGCAGACUUUCAGUUUUAACACGGGCAUUACUUUUGACGUUUAUGUUCAGUAUAAAGACUACAUCAGCUUUAUGAAAGCCAUGGAUUCAUUACGAGGAAUGAAGUUAUUGUAUAUAAUGGAAGAUGAUGAAAAGAAAGCAUAUACAGCCAACAUUAAGGUGGACUUUGACAAAACAAAGCAUUUGUCAGACAAAUCAAUAAAGAAACGUAGGAUAGAACGUGAAAAGUUAGAACAACUGGAAAGAGAGAGAGAAGAGAAAGUUCGGAAGGAGAGAGAAGAGGAAGAAAGGAGAGUACAGGAAGAAAAGAGAAAAAAAGAAGAUGAGGAAAAAGAAAAGAGGAGGAAACAUUUAGAGAAAAUGGAGAAGAGGGAGAACAGAAGAAAAGAGAGAGAGGAAAAGAGGAGGCAGAAAGCUCUGGAGAGGAAAAGGCUGGAGGAAGAGAGGAAAUAUCAGAUCAAAAUUCAAACAGAGGAAAGGCGCUUCCUCCUUGCUCAGAGGAAACUGGAGUCUAUCCGCCUACUAGGAGAACUUUUUACUAGAAUUAAGAAUAUAAAGGUUUCCAAUGACUUAGCUCAGAGGGAGAUUGAACUAGAGGAGGAACGACGUAAACAGUUAGAGGAGGAAACAAGGCUCAAGGAGGAAAUGAAGCGAAGGAAAAUAGAGAGCAAGAAAAGGAGGAAAGAGGAACUCCUUCAUCAUGAAACAGAACUCAGGGAAAAGAUUCUCAAAAACUGGAAGGAAAAG